CCUAAAUUGGUCAAGCCAGUUAAUUUUGUAAACAGUUGACAAAUUAGCAAUCGAAAAAACAACACAAGUAACGAUGGUUGGUUCACGAGUGUAUGUUGGUGGUUUGGCACGGGAUGCCCGAGAACGAGACUUGGAAAAGUUCUUCAAAGGUUACGGAAGGCUAUGUGACGUUAUGAUUAAGAACGGAUUUGGCUUCGUGGAAUUCGAGGAUCAUCGAGAUGCGGACGAUUCUGUUUAUGAGCUGAACGGUAAAGAUCUUUUGGGCGGAAGAGUGACUGUGGAGCACGCUAAAGGAAAGCCUCGCCGAGGUGAGGGACGUAGAGGCGGAGGCCGCUCUGAAGAUCACCGAAGCGGAACCCGGUACGGACCACCGCGAAGAUCGAAGUAUCGUCUGACUGUAGAGAAUCUUUCGUCGAAAGUUAGCUGGCAGGAUUUGAAGGACUACCUGCGCAGGGCAGGAGAGGUCAUCUAUGCCGAUGCCCACCGGCCAAGAAGAAAUGAAGGUGUAGUCGAGUUUGAAUCGAGGAGAGAUAUGGAGGCAGCAAUUGAUAAGUUAGAUGAUACCGACUUGAGCGGUCGACGAAUUCGAUUGGUAGAGGACUGUGUAGGACAAAGCAAGCGCGGACGUUCUCGAUCGUUGGACAGCCGUUCCCGUUCACGAUCACCUCGUCGUUCUCGGUCGCGAUCUAGUCGCUAUUCUCGCAGUCAUUCUGAUUCGAGGGACAAAUCAGUAUCCCCGAGAAAACCACGCCAUCGUAAUGAACGACAGAAACGCUAUCGCGACGAGUCCCGUUCUCGCUCUCGAUCAACCGAAUCCCGUGGGAAGAAAAUUUGUUCUCGGUCUCGUUCAAAGUCGGAACGUCGAUCCCGCCAUCGGUCUGUUUGCAGAGAUAAUAAAUCUCGAUCAUCAGUGCGACUCCACGAAACGAAGGAUAAAAGUCCUACCCCUCGAGCGGAAUCUCCGGAAAAACGGUCCCACCGCUCACGCUCUCGAUCGAGCAAGCGUGAAGCAGAAUCUAGUUCACGCGAUCGAAAACAACACAAUGGCGAUAUGCAGCGCUCUCGUUCACGUUCCAAAUCUGAGCGUCGCUCCAAAAGUCGAUCCAAAUCAAAGGACAACAAAUGUGUCUCCCACUCGGACUCUUACUCGAGUUUUUGCUCCCAAUCUUCACACUCUAACUCAGGCUCCAGAACACGGUCCGUAUCCCGCGAUUACAACGAUCGGUCUUUUUCGCAGGAUAGGCGCUCAGCUAGCCCCGAAGCAGAGGAUCAAAGCGCAGUUGAUACGGAAGUUCAAAGUACUACAUGA